AGCGGAACGAUACAGCGACAAAUCGGUGGUUACUGAUUCACAAGUCGGGGGCUGGAUUUCUUCGACUCGUGAGGUAAAAGCGCCCCGGAUAUGCGGAUCUAGAAAGAGAGUCGGAGAUGGGAGGUCAUCGAUGGAUGCGAUGCGAUGCGAUAAUUUUCCAGCGGCAUCACGAUACAAGCCAAAGCCGGGGCCAAGGGCUCCCAACCUACCGCAACCGCAACCGCAACCGCAAACCAAAAACAAAACCAACAAUUCAAUUACCGACACCUAGGACCACCCGGACAGACGAGCACACACAUAUACCCUCAUCCUCGGGCCCUGACCUACCACCUACCGACCUUUCCACCUUCCAAACGAAACCCCUGAUGCGCCCUCCCUACCGCUGCAUCAGUCUACUAAUAUCCCCUUCCCUUCUGCUUAUCAAACUAUCUUACAUUGGAUCUAUGUUCCGGAAACUUUUUUUUUUGGUGGUUGUUCAAUUCUCAAAUAAUAAUGGUGCACGAGUGGGAUGCUGGAAGCGGAGCUUGGAAACAUCCAGUACGAGUAUUUCUUGGGGCGUUGGACUGUCCUUUUCUGUUGUUUUUGGUUGUUUAGUCUGGAAGACUUGGCUUUUAAUGCGGUAGCGCUAGCGGUAGUAUAGAUGAUACACGAGAAUCCGAGUUGUUCGUUGCUUAUCCUUGAUAA